AUGAGCCUUCCCUCCCGAGUGCCGUUCACUGCCUUUCAAAGCUCAGUGUCGCUCAAUCCCAAAUUCAACCACAAUCUCUUAGAAGUGUCUCGCCAUACCCGCCGAGCGUCUCACGAAGCCUACGACGUUUACGACCCUAUUAAUCUUACGACCUUUGCCCCUCAGCGCCAGCAGCCCUUGGUCCAUCCUUCUUCCUCACACUCUGCGGAGCACCGUCCAUCCACGGGUACUGGCUCUCCUCGCCUACUGCGCCGAACUCGCCGCGGACCAGACCUCGGUCACCGUCGAGCAUUUUCGCUAGACACUCCUGGUAGACCUCCAGCACAAUCCCAACAGGCGCAUUCAACGACACCCAUCACACGCCCAACCCCGGCAAGUGGAAUCGCUGCCCUUCUCCCAGCAGCAUCAGAAGCAUACACCGACGAGAACGGAUCCACCGUCGACGAUCCAUACGAUCUUCUCAGUGCAUCCUACUGGCCGUUAAGAACUACCGGAGUCUCGUCCCGAACCGCAUCGGCCAUUCUCUUCGCGCUCGAAGAAGCCAUCCGCCGACCAUUCCCCUUCACAAUUGAUCUGGACGAAGCGAAUGCUUCCAUGUCAGAUAUGGUAGGAGUUGCUGGUCCCGCUUCCGCUGGACCCAUGGGCAGCGCCCGUGUUCAAAAUGGUGGACUACACGUGUCUCAGGGUCCUGCACCAGCUCUGCUGAACCCAUCUAGUGGUAUGCGUACACCCACCGACAUCAUGAGACAGCGCCGGGAUCGAGAGGCGCGUCGGAAAGCUGAACAGGAGGCUCGCGACAGGGAAUACGAGCAAAUUGGACCCCAACAGGAACUAGAGCAGCCCACCCGAGCUCGAGCUCCACAGUACGCUGCUAGCGAUCCUGCGGCCCAACGUAGUUCGCGCGCCCAACGUAGUUCGCGCGCCCAACGACCACCCAGAGGCCCAGAUGUUCCCCUGUCAGCUAGCGCCGGAUCUGCAUCCACCUUUCUCGCUACUGGGACUCCCCAGGCCGCUGGCCGGCCAGAGCAUCAAGUGCCUCCUGGUGGCAUCGAAACACCCGAUCAAUCAUCACGACAUAAACUACCAAGCCAGCAGAACUUGGCUGCUGGAACGGGACAUUUCCGAUCACAUAGUGCCACUGCUGCAGGCACCAGUGGCCAGACCGGGGCAUUUCCCAGGCCCCCUCAAGGUGCUCCUGCAGCCAGCCAACCUGAUCUCUCAAAUGCACAGCAAACACGACGAGCUGGAUUUCCGCACGCCUUUGAGCGAUGGGAGACUCUGUCUUCCCACUGGGAAGGUCUUACCAGCUACUGGAUUCGCAAACUAGAGGAAAACAGUGACAAUUUGAACCAGGAUCCACUGAGCCAACAGCUUGCUCGCCAGAUCACAGAUCUGUCUGCGGCCGGUGCAAACCUGUUCCAUGCCGUAGUUGAACUCCAGCGUCUGCGUGCAUCAUCCGAGCGCAAGUUCCAACGCUGGUUCUUCGACACGCGUUCCGAACAGGAACGCGCGAAGGAGGUUCAAGCCGAGCUGGAACGCCAGCUGAAGACAGAACGACAAGGCCGCGCCGAUACAUUCGCAGCUGCACAAGGAGCCCAGCAGGACAAGACUCGCGCUGAAGAGCUGCUGCGUGAAAUGCGCCGGGAACUCCAAAUCUCAAAAGAAGAGGCCCGCCGCGCCUGGGAGGAGCUUGGUCGCCGCGAACAGGAAGAGCGAGACCGAACCAACUCCCUCCGCAAUGGAGAGCCCACGCUCGUUGGUGGCGUCCAAGUUGUUCCCAUGAUCCAAGGCCUACCUUCGCGACACCCCACGCGCCCUCCCACCCGCGAAGGUCCGUACCCCGGUGGACCCACAGCCACCACAAUGGGAACAGAAUACACGAGCAAGCCCGCCGCGCAGGAUCCACCCUCAAGCAAUGCAUAUUAUGGCGAAGGCGGGUCAAAUUCACCGACCGGCUCCAACCCUUUCCUCGAGCCUCAAAAGUCCACAGCUGCCGACCCAGCUUCUAGCAAACCCUCAUACCCUAUCUACGAGCCUGGCGUCGUUCCACCAACCUCAGAACCAGAUCUCCACUCUUAUGUCGGUAGCAGCGAAGCUGACGAGGAUUAUCAGCGUGACCUGCAGGGUACUGGUUACACGUACCCGCCACCGCUUUCCGAGGGAAGUGACGAGUACGACCAGUUGCCUGCCGACGAACGCACCUACGUCUCCGACGGCGCAUACACCUCAUCCAGCGGUUCUGCACCCAUCCAAGCCCCGUAUCCGCCUACAUCGGCCGACUACAGUGGAUCUGGAUGGGGUGUCGGCACAGGAUGGGAGUCCGUCACUCCUCGUCAUCGACACCCGACACGACUGAGCGAUGUCCUUGAAGAAGACGAGCCGAGUCGUACCAGUCCCAGCCGUGCAAGCCGCGCGAGCCAGGUCAGUCGCAGUAUUUUCUGA